CCUCGGCUCGCCGCCGAGAUAGGAUCUGUCCAAUCCGUGGCCCCAGCUGCCCCGACCGCUUCCCUGGGGGGGCGCUUCUCGUCCUGGGCCUGCUCCUCACGGCACCGGGCUCCGCGCGCUGCCCCCCGAGGGCCCGCACCGAGGAACACGCCGCCCCGACCUGCACACGACGCGCCUCGCCCGAGCUCUGGGCGGUCGGCGCUUCCCGGGCGCACCUGGCCCGCCGAGACGGCCCGGCGGGCCCGGCGGGCUGGGAGGAGCUCUACGCGGGCGCGCCGCCCGGCGCGGCCGCCGAGGACGAGGUCUUCGACUGGCUGAUCGACUGGGCCGCUGCUCGGUCGUACGUGGAGGGCCUGAUCGGGCGCGGCGCGGACGCCGCGGUCCUGCACCUCGGCUGCGGCAACUCGACCUUCCCCGAGGAGAUGCACGACGCCGGGUACCGCUCGCAGACGUGCGUGGACGUCGCGCCGUCCGUUGUCGCCGCCAUGAGCCUGCGGAACGCCGGCCGCCCGUCGAUGCGGUGGAUUGCCUGCGACUGCACCGACCUCACAGGCGAGCUCGAGGACGGGCUGUUCGACCUGGUCGUGGACAAGGGCACGUUCGACGCCAUCACGUGCCACGACUCGCACGCGCUCAUGCUAGUGAAGUUCUUGAAGGAGUGCUGCCGCCUCGUGCGGCCCGGCGGGGUCUACCUGUGCCUCAGCCUGCACGGGCCGCGGGACGUGCUCAGCUUCUCUGGUCCAGAGUCGAUGGACGCGGUCGCCAUCCCUGGCGGGGCGGCCGCGUUGCCGGCCUGGGUGGUGCUGGCGCUGGAGGCCGCGGCUUUCCUUGUGCCGGGCUGGGGCCCCGGGCAGGCGGCCUGCCCAGACCUCUCGUGCCCUGCCUGCCCAGCGUGCCCAGAGGCGGCGGCGUGCGCGGCCUGCCCGGAGGCCGCGGCCUGCCCGGCUUGCGCGCCGCCUCCCUGCGCGGCUUGCCCGGCCUGCGAGCCGCCGCCGUGCGCGGCCUGCCCGGCCUGCGAGGCGAGGGCGUGCCCGGAGGCGUCGGCUGGCGAGAAGGCGGCUGAGAAGCUCGCUGGAGCGCUGCUUGGAGGCCUGGUGCACUGGCUGGUGUCGAAGCGGGUGCUGCUGCACUACGUGGCGGAAGGCGAGUGGGUCGUCCUGACCCCAGAUGGUGACAUCUACGCUGAGGACAUGAGCUGUGGGGACCCUGAGACUGGGCCUGCCCGAGCCUUCCCGCUGGCACUGCGGACGCGCAAGAUGCGGAGGCUGUAUCGCUUCCGUGAGGAGCUGGGGCCCGACGAGCUGGCCGACGCGUUGACGCGGGGCCGUCAGGCGGCGCUGGAGAUGGACGCUGCCUUGCCUGAGCCGAGGGAGGCCGUGGCCGUGGGCGGCCAGCGGGUCACCUGGCAGGAGGCUGCUGGUAAGCUGUCGGCCGCGAAGCGGGCCGGCCUGCUGCGCCUGGGCAUGGCCGUGGCUCGGCUGGGCGGGAAGCUGCUGGAGGCUCCUGGUGCGGGUCAGGCCUGGAUCGCCCUCAGCGGCGGGCCCGGCGUUGCGAUCGGAACGGAGGUCGACGUGGCGAACAUCGAGGGCCUGAGCUUCGAGGACGGGCCCGAGCCGUUCGGUGUGCUGAGGGCCGCCGACGGCGGCAUAGUGCGUCUCGCCCGGCUAGACGCAGGGUCGGCCCCUGGGCGCGUGGCCGAGGAGGCCGCAGUCUGGCAUGGCCUGGACAGAGGCCAAGCGCGUGCCCUGGGCCCCGAGCGCCGACGUGCUGCAGCCGCGGCGCCGCUCGAGGAUGAGGAGCCCGCCGAGCCCAUAGGCGGCGCGGCUACGCCCGAGCUGGCGCUGCCGCCCUUGGCGGAGCCGCUGGGCGAGGAGCGUGACGCCGACGCCCGCGCGCUCUGGGUCGACUACGACGAGCAGGGCGAGCGGUUCAAGCGAUGGCGGGACGUGGUAGGCGAGUCGAGGCAGGAGCGCUACCCAGACGCGAAGGUGGACGGACCGCCUGGGGCUCUCCACAUGUGCAAGCACAUGGAAAGGCACGGUGGCGACCCGCGCCUCUGGAUCGACCUCUUCAUCCGCAUGAAGGGCCUCGGGCAGAAUGACCGCGUGGUGCACGAGCUGAGGACUAUCGUGGAGGCCUUGUACCAGGGCGGGGUAUAUGACCAGUUGAACAUGGGCGGCCUGAUGAUGGUGGAGGUGUUGACACGCCGCGUGGCCGCAGUGGUGGAUGCCUAUGCGGACCCGUCGAAGCCGAGCUGGACGAACGCGCGCUUCUUCGAGGGCGUGAGCUCGGUGGAGGACGUCUCAGGGCCAGAGCUCAGGGGCUACAUCCACCGGCGGGCGAAGGAGCAGCACGAGAGGAGCAGGCGCAGAAUCGGGCGCGCACGCUACGCGGGGCGCCUUCAGAGACAGUCGACGGAGCAGAAGGAGCUGGAGGUGACGCAGCAGGUGCGGGGCGCGGUGGCGGCCGAGGCGGCCGCGGGCGCGGCCGGGUCUAGCAGGGCGAGGCAGUUCGGUCGUGAGUCUCGGAUUGCGUUGGAGGUCAACGGGAUCGUCGACGCCAUCAACUGGAUGUCGGAGUACGACUCGCAACCUGGCCCAGCCAAUGACAUGCAGCGGGAUGUACUUGCGCGCUUCGAGGGCCUCGUUCGGGGCCGGCAGCCGGGCGCCAAGUUGCAGGAGCCGCAGGCGGCCCUCCGGGAGCUGCUGCGGGGCCGCUCGCCAUAUGCCGGGCGCGGCGGCCCGACGACGGUCGCCUCCUACAGUGCAGGGCUCGUCAGCAUGCCGACGGACGUGAGCGACUGCCCGCGUCUUGAGGACCUCUUGCAUGGCGAGGCCCUUACCUUCUUGCGGGAGCGCCAAGAGCGCAUGCUACGAGAGUCACCUUUGCCGACCGGCGUCGAGCCGUACUUCGACUCGGUCCUCAAGUUCAACCACAAGGAGUACCGCGGCCUGGUGCGUCGGCUGCUGUCAGCUGGCAUUCUGGGGUGGACUCUGACACCGAAAGAGAGAAUUGGGAUGUUCUUUGUGUGGAAGGAUGGGCGGCGCCGACUUCGCCUCAUAGUCGACGCCCGCCGUGCGAACGCCCACUUCAGGGAUCCUCCUGGGGUGGAGCUAUUGAGCAGCGAGGGCCUCGCCAGAGUCGAGGUGCACGUGCCGGACGCGGGCUUCUCGAGUUACGAGGACCUCCGCGCCGCGCUGGAGGCGCAGCAGGUGUGCAUCGGCAUGGCGGACGUGAAGGACUGCUUUCAUCGAAUGCGGAUCGAUUCAGCCCUCUCGCAAUACUUCUGCCUGCCGCCUGUCAAGGCUGGGGCUUUCGGCGUGACCGAGGUCGAGGGGAUCAAGGUGCAGACGUCGACGGCCAUCUACCCUUGCUGGCAGGUCCUGCCCAUGGGCUUCAGCUGGUCUCUCUACUUCGCCCAGCGGGCCAACGAGGAGGUAAGCCGCCGCAGCGGCGCGCUCCUCAGGGGGCCCAGUCUGUCAGACCAUGGGCCACCGCUCGUGUUCGCGCCUGGCAGGGCGCCCCAGGAGGUCAGGCACUACGUGUACGUCGACAACUUGGGGGUCUUCUCGCUAUUCUCUGAGCUCGUGAGCGGCGUGAUGAACCAGCUGACGGGCGAGUUCACCGAGCUGAACCUACUGUUGCUCAAGGACGAGCUGGUGCCGGGCAUGGCAGUGGCGCUUGGCGCGGAGAUCGACGGCAGCCAGUUACGCACUCGAGUGACCAGUGAUCGGUUCUUGCGCUGCCGCCAGGCCGUGCGGGGCCUCCGAGCCCGCCGCCGUGUCGAGGGCUGGGCCGUGGAGGCAGUGUUGGGCCACCUAACCUUUUGUGGCCUCUGCUCGCGCGGCACCUUGUCAGCUUUCAAUUCAGUGUGCGGCUUUGUGCGAGCCCACUAUGACGAGGCGGCCGUGCUGAGGGCCGAGGCGCGGCGAGAGCUGGCCGCCUUCAGCUCCCCGAUGUACUUCCUGGAGUCAGAUUGGUGGCUGCCUUGGAAUCCGAUGGUGCAGCAGUCAGAUGCCAGUCUUCACGGCUACGGACUGGCAAGGGCUUUCUGGCCGCAGGAGCUGGUGGAGUCAGUCGGGCGCGUGCCUGAGCGGGCCCGCUUUCGCCGGCGCUGCGCGCGCAGUGCUCGAGAGGCUGCGCUCUGCGCAGCCGGCUUCGGUAUGAGUGAGAGUGGAAAAUGGGAACUCAAGGGCCUUCCCGAAGAUGAGGAGGAGCUGGGCCAGUGGGACGUUGUGAGGGACUUCCCGGAGGUGCCCGCUCAGGGGCUCCGCGCAGGCCUGUGGGAGCCCUGUUUCGCGAGAGCCUGGCGGCACCCUGAGGGCAUCUUGACCUUGGAGGCCCGAGCCCUGGUCGGCAGCAUCCAUCGUAUCGCCACCACGGUCUUUGGGUUCCAUAUACGUCAGUUACUGCUCUGUGACAAUAUGUCGGUCGUGCUAG